CCUCGCUGAUAAACACAGCUAUUCCACUUUAGCCUGAUGCGCAUCAAAGCCUUCACCGUUUUCUUUUUCUUUAUUCUUCAACAAACCAUUCUUUUUAACACUUUUCGCCAGGAACUGGAGAUCUACAGAGUGAGGACUCAUUGGACUUUGUGAUCGACCGUGAUUUGUUUUUUAAACAGUAUGGGAGAUGGUAACAAAUAAGUAAGAUUCAAUGAGCUUUUCCUUGUCAUAACAGGUUUGGAUGUCUGGUCAGUGUCAGAGCGCAUGGAGAGUGCACUCUGUGGGACUAUUUGUACGUGAGUGACACUAUCCAGCCGUCCGCAGCCUUCACAGAAACCUCAGAAACAGUCACGGUCCCGGAGGAGGAUGCCUUCCCUGCACCACGGAGCAAUCUUUGUCGGAGCCUUCCUCAUUGUGACCGGGGGCUCCACAGCCUUCCUGGCCUCUUACCAGAGUCGCCUUCAGGCUUUCUCCCUCUGCUGCGUGGUGCUGGGGGUGGUCAUGCUCAUCCUGGGGCUGUUCUGGGCUAUGAACAGCAAAAGUGCCGCAAGCUACAACCAUCGGGAGUUUGACCCAGAGUGUCCACAUUAUCCAUACGACUACCCCAGCUUCAGCAGCCAUGCCCUCUUCACACCCCCAGGGAGCCGCUUCCCAGAAUCCCAGUCGGUGUUUCUGCCCAGGACGAUGGAACGCCACAGGCAUGCUGCUCGCGGUGAAGACUUUGACUACCCUCCCAUGGACCCUGGGGGUUUCAGUCCAUCGCCUCACCCUCCUACGUGGCAGGAUCCCCCGCCUCCCUACGAAGUUGCCAUCAAAACCACAUGCAGCUCUACACAACUGCGGCGGGCAUACUCAGACACACACCUGGCGUCAGAGCCCCUGUUUGGACGCUCAAGAGAGAUCAGCUUUGAGGUGUGACGCUGGACAAUACGGACACCCAGGGGGCGUAGCACAAAAUUCUGGGCCCUGUAGAAAGGCAUUCUCUAUUGGCCCCUCCCCGCAUCCACAGCUAUU